AUGAGCUCGUCCUCCUCCUCCUCACCACCACCACCACCCAGCUGUCCCAUGCAUCAACCUUCACAACCUGAACCUCCCAAAAAGGUCAAUCCACCAGCAGAAUGCCCCAUGCACCAAAAGGAAAAGAAGCCUUCACCACCUCCCGAAUGUCCCAUGCACCAGACACCUGUCACCGACAAGAUCAACGAGCUCAACAUGAUGCCUAGUCAACUUGGUCAUGAACGUCAACCCGACCAGCAAAUCGACUUGCCCACUGAACGCGUUAUCUCAUCCAUUCCACGAGCUGAUAAGGAGUCUCGUUGGGAAUAUCCAAGCCCACAACAAUUCUACAAUGCUUUGCGACGCAAGGGAUGGGAAACGCCCGAAGAACAUGUUGAGACCAUGGUUGAUAUCCACAACUUUUUGAAUGAAGAAGCAUGGGAUCAAGUACUCAAAUGGGAAUCCAACUUUGAAUGCAAGUGUGAAGAGGAUCCAUAUCUUGUUCGUUUGCAAGGCCGUCCAAAUGAUAUAAGUCCAAAGGCAUGGUGGCAUUCGUUAUGGGGCUCUCCCAAACCUUUUGAUCGUCAUGAUUGGUAUGUUGGCCGAUGUGGUGACCAACGUCGCUAUGUCAUUGAUUACUAUGAGGGUGCUGAAGAAUCACCUGGUGUCCCUGUUUUCUUCUUGGAUGUACGUCCUGCAGUGGAUGAUAUGGGAAGCGCAUUCGUUCGUCUCAAGCAAGCAGCAUCCGAAAAGUGGGCCGAAUGGUUCCCUUCCACAAGCAAUAACAACAACUAG